CAGAUUUUAGAGCAGGAGCGCUCGGAGCUGCGGGCAGCCAGGAGGAGCCUCGGCGCUGCCUUUCCACCCUCCCACCCCAUUCCGGGAGGCGCCAGGGCCCGGCAACCAGGAGGAUUUCGGCGCGGGGCGGCCCCGGACCGGCCCCUUUGUUCGUGUGGGCCCGGCAGCAGCAGCGGCGGUGCCGGCCCCGCAUCCUCCUCCGCCCCCGCUGCCCGAGCCGCCGCCCAGCUCCCUCCUCCUCCUCCUCCUCCUCCCGGCUCUCGGCUCCGGGCUCGGCCGCGCAGGGAGUGGCAGGGCGGCUGCCGGCCGGGCUCGCAUCCUGCGGAGGCUCCGAGCCCCCUGCCCCGCAGCAGGGCGGCACAGGGUGUGUGACCAUGGAAGAAGAGGUGCACCAUCAAGAAUCCUGAGCAGUGACACCAGGACAGCUCUGGAGACACUGGCAGCAGGAGCCUGAGCUACAGGAGAGAGGAAUCAUGCUGAAACCAAGUGGACUUAAAAUCCCAGGCAGGGCUGGGAAGCAUUCCAGCCCUGUGGGACGGGCAUCAGGGACCAGCACAGCUGCUGCCACCACUGGCUCCAAGGAAGGCUCACCUUUACACAAGCAGGGCACCACAUCCACCGCCAGCGCCGAGAAGUCGGCUUCGAAGGUUGCCGAGGUGGGCGAUGAUUUCCUGGGAGACUUCGUGGUGGGCGAACGCGUCUGGGUGAACGGAGUGAAGCCAGGAGUGAUCCAGUACCUCGGGGAAACGCAGUUUGCUCCUGGCCAGUGGGCAGGGGUUGUUCUGGAUGACCCUGUGGGUAAGAAUGACGGCUCCGUGGGAGGAGUGCGCUACUUCGAGUGCCAGCCGCUGCAGGGCAUCUUCACGCGACCAUCCAAGCUGACGCGGCAGCCGGUGGCCGAGGGCGCGGGCAGCGACGCGCCCUCCGUGGACUCCCUGACGGCUCAGAACUUGUCCCUGCACUCGGGGACGGCCACGCCGCCCUUGUCCACGCGCGUGAUCCCGCUGAGGGAGAGCGUCCUCAACAGCGCCAUGAAAACGGGCAACGAGUCCGGGUCCAACCUGUCGGACAGCGGCUCGGUGAAAAAGGGGGAGAAGGAUCUGCGCCUCGGGGAUCGUGUGCUGGUCGGUGGCACGAAGACGGGAGUGGUGCGCUACGUGGGAGAGACGGACUUUGCCAAAGGAGAGUGGUGUGGAGUGGAGCUGGAUGAGCCUCUGGGCAAGAACGAUGGGGCAGUUGCUGGCACAAGGUAUUUCCAGUGCCCACCCAAGUUUGGCCUCUUUGCUCCCAUCCACAAGGUGAUCAGGAUUGGGUUCCCAUCAACCAGCCCUGCCAAGGCAAAGAAGAGCAAGAGGAUGGCCAUGGGGGUGUCAGCCCUGACCCACAGCCCCAGCAGCUCCUCCAUCAGCUCCGUCAGCUCCGUGGCCUCCUCGGUGGGGGGCAGGCCCAGCCGCAGUGGGCUGCUGACAGAGACCUCGUCUCGCUAUGCCAGGAAGAUCUCUGGCACCACAGCCCUGCAGGAGGCCCUGAAGGAGAAGCAGCAGCACAUUGAGCAGCUGCUGGCAGAGCGGGACCUGGAGAGGGCAGAGGUGGCCAAGGCCACCAGCCACAUCUGUGAGGUGGAGAAGGAGAUUGCCAUCAUGAAGGCCCAGCACGAGCAGUAUGUCACGGAGGCAGAAGGAAACCUGCAGCGAGCACGAGCCUUGGUGGAUGGGAUGCAGAAGGAGAAGAUUGAGCUGCUGAACCAGCUGGAGGAGGAGAAGAGGAAAGUGGAGGACUUGCAGUUCCGUGUGGAGGAAGAAUCCAUUACAAAAGGGGAUCUGGAGACUCAGACGCAGUUGGAGCAUGCCCGAAUUCGGGAGCUCGAGCAGAGCCUGCUGUUUGAGAAGGCACAGGCUGAAAAACUCCUCAGAGAAUUAGAGGACACCAGGCUGACCACGGUGGCGGAGCAGUCCAGGAUCCUGCAGCUGGAGGAGGAGCUGAGCCUGAGGCGCAGCGAGGUGGACGAGCUCCGGCAGUGCCUGCAGAGCUCGCAGCAGGCAGAGAGCCCCGAGCACAGCCUGGGCCUGCACUCAGAGGCACUGAGGCUGAGGGAUCAGCUGCUCUCUGCCAACAAGGAGCACCAGAAGGAGAGCAGCCAGCUGAAGGAGAAGUAUGAGAAGACGCUAAAGAAGUACCAGCAGGAGAUGGAGAAGCUGAAGUCUGUCAAUGAGAAGUACUCGCAGGAGAUUGUGGACUUAAAGCAUAAAGUUCAGCAGGCCACUAAUGAGAACAUGGGGCUCAUGGACAACUGGAAGUCCAAGUUGGACACGUUAGCUUCUGACCACCAGAAGUCUCUGGAGGACCUGAAAGCCACGCUCAACUCAGGCCCUGACACCCAGCACAAGGAGAUUGUGGAGCUGAAGGCAGUGGUGGAGAGUAUAAAGCUGGAGCACCAGCUUGAGUUGGAGAACCUGAAAGCAAAGCACGACAUCGAGACAGCUGUCCAUAUAAAGGAGAAAGAGAGUCUCAAGCUGAAGCUGCAGGAGGCUUUGGAAGAAGUGGAAAAAAGCAACAGCAACUGGAAAAUGCAACUGGAAACCAAAAGCAGUCAGCACCUUCUUGAGCUCCAGGAUGUGAAGGACAAGUGUCGAGAUGCUGAGCUGAGGGUGCAUGAACUGGAGAAACUUCAUGGUGAAUACACAGAUCAGACAGAAGCAAUAGCUUUCUUGAAAGAGCAGAUAUCUUUGGCUGAAAAGAAGAUGUUGGACUAUGAAACAUUACAGAAAACAGAAGUCCACAGCAAACAGGAAAUCCAAAGAUUGCAGGAAAAAGUGCUUGUCUUAGAGAACAAGCUGCAGUCCAUGGAGGCCCUGCAUCCUUCUCAGCAUGCAAAUAUGAUUGAGACUAAUGACAUUUCAGAAGACAAGAUAAAAAUGAAGGAGACUAUGGAAGACCUCCAGGACAAGCUGAGUAAAAGAGACAAAGAGGUGUCAUCCCUGGUGACCCAGACUGAAACUCUAAGGGCCCAAGUAAGUGCUUUGGAAAACAAAUGCAAAACAGCAGAAAAGAAGGCUGAUUCAGUGCUCAAAGAAAAGAAGAGGUUGGAAGGAGAACUGGAAGCCUUGACCAAGAAAACACAUGAUGCCUCAGGGCAGCUGGUCCUGAUCAGCCAGGAGCUGCUCAAGAAGGAAAGGAGCCUGAACGAGCUGCGGGCGCUGCUGCUGGAGGCGAACCGGCACUCGCCGGGGCCGGAGCGCGACCUCAGCCGCGAGGUGCACAAGGCGGAGUGGAGGCUGAAGGAGCAGAAGCUCAAGGAUGACAUCAAGGGGCUGCGAGAGAAACUGGUUGUGCUGGACAAGGAGAAGGCGGCGCCGGAGCAGCGGCGCUUCUCGCUGAUCGACCCCUCCUCGGAGUCCGAGGUGAUCCGGCUGCAGCACCGGCUCGUCAGCACCGAGGACGUGCUGCGCAACGCCCUGGAGCAGGGACACCAGAUGGAGAAGCUCAUGGAAGCCAUGAGACUCUCCUCUGAGAAAACACAGACUGUUGGAAACUCUGGGUCUGCUAAUGGGAUUCACCAGCAGGAUAAAUCCCACAAGCAAGAGGAGAAGCUCUGAUAGAGAAGAGGUGGAAAGGAUCAUUUCACGCCAGUAUCAGCUCCUCUGCACAGUCAGGAAAAGCAACACCACAUCUGGCUUUAGCACCUCCAAAAGACCACACACAGUAUUUUCACUUUAAAGCAGGACAAUGUUUAUAAUGUACUAACUGAUGUAAUCAGGACAAUCCCAGAGUCCAGCUUUCCAAGACAGCCAUUGUUCCAGGAGGGAGCAGAAGGACCUCUCUGGGUUUGGUUUCUUACUUGUAUUGGUUUUGACUGUGGAAUUUGUAUUGUUUGAGCUGCCCUUGUCCCACCAGCUGACGUGGUUUGGAUGACAGCUGCCCUGACCUGUGGCUCAAGUGUCAGUGGGACCCCACAGGAGCUGCAGAGGGAUUUGCCUGUGGUGCUCAAAGCAUGUGCCCACAGGCCGCACCCUUCCCACGGGGUCUGGCCCUUCCCUCCCACACUCCCUGGUGUCCUGAGGACCUGCACAAGUGAGUGAGACCUGCUGGGCUGAUGAUGUGAGGUUUGGGGAUGUGUUCUCCUCCUCCCUUUUGGAAGACAUCACUGUUUUAGAGCAGAACCUGCACUUAGUUCUUGUAUUAUAGCAUGUUGUGGGAAAUAAUCCGGUUUCAGAGGGGUAUUUAUUUUGUUUCUUCUCUCCUGGCAUUUGGGGAAGAGGCUGUGGUGGCUGCUCUGGGUUUGGGGUCAGGCACACCUUGCCUGGGUGCAUUGGCCCUUUUUCCUGCAGUGGCAUCUCUGAGCAGGCUGCUGGAGCCCUGUGCCAUAGCCAUCUGUCCAGCUGGGUCCCCCUCACUCCUGGGGGGUUCCUGGGCUCUGUUUUGAGCUCAGGACUCCACAGGUGCUGGAUCUCAGCAUUGCUGGCCUUGGAGCUCCAUGCUGGGGGCACUCAGUGUGGGACAGACACACUGAACAAAUGGUUCCCUCCUUGCCUGUGCAAUUGAACAGCUCACUGUGAUUGCCUGGAGCUUUCCAGAGCUGUCCUGGGCUCUCCAGUGUGAUGCCCAUCCCCUGCUGCCCGAGGUGGAUGGGGUGGAGGUGCUGCUGUGAGCCUCUGAUGGCUUCAGCAGUCCUCUGUCAUGAGCUGGGUGUGUUUGGAGCAGAGGCAAUCCAAGAGCAGAGCCCACACAGCUCCUGUGUCUGCACCAGCAGAGGAUCUUGUUCCUUCUUCCCAAGGCUUUACUCCCACUUUGCACCACAGCUCCCAGGUGAUAACAGGGCAGAGGAAGGUGACAACAUGCUCUUAAAGGUGUGAAAGAGCCAUCUCAGGGU